UGAGGAGCUGCCUCUCGCAGGGGGUGUGCGAGGGCUGAGUCCAAGGGACAGUGAGCAAAUCCAGCCUUGGAUACUCCGGGGAGUAAGACGCCCGGGUAGAUUCGAGGUGCAGCCUCGGAGGGAGGGAUUAGGAGUCGCUAGACUUUUUUCUCCUUUCUCAGGAGCACGGAGUCCGAAUUAAUAGGAUUUCAUUCACUGGGGAGGAACAAAACUGUCUGGGCAGCUUCAUUCAGAGAGACUCAUUGACACCGAGAGCCAGCGGCUGCAGCCGGAGGCAGGGGAACCGCCGGCUCGACUCUGUCUCGCCUUCCCCAACCGCUAGCCCCGGCCUGGGAAAGGCGAGGCGGAAUCAAACCCCGCUGCGAGAGCGGCGGCUUCGCGCGGCGUGCUCGGCCUAUGCGUGCCCCUUGGGGCGUCUGAUAGGCACCCCGCCCGCCCGCAGCUCGACCCCCAUGAUAGAUACGCUCAGACCCGUGCCCUGCGCGUCGGAAAUGGCUAUCAGCAAGACGGUGGCGUGGCUCAACGAGCAGCUGGAGCUGGGCAACGAGCGGCUGCUGCUGAUGGACUGCCGGCCGCAGGAGCUGUACGAGUCGUCGCACAUCGAGUCGGCCAUCAACGUGGCCAUCCCGGGCAUCAUGCUGCGGCGCCUGCAGAAGGGCAACCUGCCGCUGCGCGCGCUCUUCACGCGUGGCGAGGACCGAGACCGCUUCACCCGGCGCUGCGGCACCGACACGGUCGUGCUCUACGACGAGAGCAGCAGCGACUGGAACGAGAAUACGGGCGGCGAGUCGGUGCUCGGGCUGCUGCUCAAGAAGCUCAAGGACGAGGGUUGCCGGGCGUUCUACCUGGAAGGUGGCUUCAGUAAGUUCCAAGCCGAGUUCGCCCUGCACUGCGAGACCAACCUAGACGGCUCGUGUAGCAGCAGCUCGCCGCCCUUGCCGGUGCUCGGGCUCGGGGGCCUGCGGAUCAGCUCCGACUCUUCCUCCGACAUUGAGUCUGACAUUGACCGAGACCCCAAUAGUGCCACGGACUCGGAUGGCAGCCCGCUGUCCAACAGCCAGCCUUCCUUCCCUGUGGAGAUCUUGCCCUUCCUCUACUUGGGCUGUGCCAAGGACUCCACCAACUUGGACGUGUUGGAGGAGUUUGGCAUCAAGUACAUCUUGAACGUCACCCCCAAUUUGCCGAAUCUUUUUGAGAACGCAGGAGAGUUUAAAUACAAGCAAAUCCCCAUCUCGGAUCACUGGAGCCAAAACCUGUCCCAGUUUUUCCCUGAGGCUAUUUCUUUCAUAGAUGAAGCCCGGGGCAAAAACUGUGGUGUUUUGGUGCAUUGCUUGGCUGGCAUUAGCCGCUCAGUCACUGUGACUGUGGCUUACCUUAUGCAGAAGCUCAAUCUGUCAAUGAACGAUGCUUACGACAUUGUCAAGAUGAAGAAAUCCAACAUCUCUCCUAACUUCAACUUCAUGGGCCAGCUGCUGGACUUCGAGAGGACGCUGGGACUCAGCAGCCCCUGUGACAACCGAGUUCCGGCACAGCAGCUCUAUUUUACUACUCCCUCCAACCAGAAUGUCUACCAGGUGGACUCCCUGCAAUCCACGUGAAAGGCCCCAUGCUCCUCCUCACUGGGAUGUGUCUGUUCUUCAGCAGUUUCUCUUGGCAGCAUCAGCUGGGCUGCUUUCUUUGUGUGUGGCCCCAGGUAUCAAAAUGACACCAGCUGUCUGUAUUAGACAAGGUUUCCAAGUGUGGAAUUGGUUAUUACUGAGGGAGAGAUUUCCUCCAUUCUCUCUGGAAGACCAGGAUGUGCUAUGUAGAUACAGACAGUAGUUUGCUCCGCACCCAUGUGUACAGCCUACCCAUGCAGGGACCGGAAUUCCAGGACUUCCAGGUAUAUAGGGUAGGACCAAAUGGUAGGGUAGGAGCAUGUGUUCUUUAGGGCCCUGUAUGCCUGUUUCCUUUUGCAUUUGGAACUGACUAUAUAUUGUCUUCAGUGAAGACUGAUUCAAUUUUGCAUAUAGAGGAGCCAAAGAGAGAUUUCAGCUCUGUAUUUGUAGUAUCAGUUUGGAAAAAAAAAAAACUGAUACUCCAUUUGAUUAUUGUAAAUAUUUGAUCUUAAAUCACUUGACAGUGUUUGUUUGAAUUGUGUUUGGUUUUUUCUUUUAUGGGUU